UCUUGAACCAUAUUAUAACCGCGGUCAUAAUACGGAAAUUUUGGUUAUUCGCUUGGAUUUGAUUUAUAUACUCUCUAGCCUCUAGUUCACAUGCUAGUUCACACUGCAUUUGGUUCACAAGAUCACAUGUCAUGUCUUGCUUGUUUGUUUUUGAGGUUAGGUCUUUUAACUUCUUAUCUCUGAUUUAAAUAAUAAACCGUAAAAAUUUUUAUGUAAUAUAAAAUGCCUCCAUUUAAAAAGCUGAACACAAAGAUUUUUCAAAAAAGUGGCCCAGACAUAACCCCUGAUUACAUCUAUUGGAAACAGUUAGGUGUACCAGUUUUAGUCAAAGAAUUUGGUCCUAUUGACUACAUCGAUUUUUCCCCCAUAGAACCCAACUACUUCGCUGUCACAUGUUCGGUACGUGUGCAAGUAUAUAACCCCAUCACAAAAUUAGUAGUCAAGAACUUGUCCAGGUUUCGACAGAAUGCCUAUGGUGCAGUUUUUAGGUGGGAUGGAACCCUCAUAUGUGCUGGAGGUGAAGAAACCAAUGUUAAACUGUUUGACGUUUCUACAAAGAACCUCUUGAGGUUGUUCAAAGGCCACACAGGUCCAGUCCACCGAACAUUGUUCAUGCAUGGCAAACCACAGAUCUGUUCUUACUCUGAUGAUAAAUCUAUCAAAGUUUGGGAUAUACCUACUGAAAAAAACAUUGUCUCUUUCACUGGUCAUAUAGAUUACAUCAGAGCAGGUGCUGUGUGUCCUGCAGUACCUGACAUGAUACUUUCUGGGGGAUAUGACAACAUUGUAAAAAUGUAUGAUACCAGAACAGAGAAAGAAGUCUUAUCUGUAGAUCAUGGAAGCCCUGUGGAGUCGCUAUUGUUUAUGCCCUCUGGUGGUCUUUUUUUCUCGGCAGGAGGUACAGAAAUAAAAAUUUGGGAUGCCAUAGCUGGCGGGAAACUAUUAGGAAGUAUAUCACAACAUCAUAAAACUAUUACCUGCUUACGUCUAGCUUCAGACAAUAAGAGACUAUUGUCAGGUAGUUUAGAUAGACAUGUUAAGGUAUAUGACAUUUCAACUUUCAAACCUGUGCAUACAUUUGACUUUCCUAAUGCAGUACUGAGCCUAGGUGUGUCAAAGAAUGAUGAUACUUUAGUGGCUGGGCUGGUAGAUGGCUUAGUUUCAAUUAGUAGAAGAGAGAAACCUGUCGAAAAAGCACCCCAGAAGAAAGUUAAGUCAUUUCGCCAUACAUUUGUCACUCAACCACUUAAUGUAGAUACUAUUGUCCCAGAGUUAACACAAGAGAAAGAAACUAAACAUGAUCAUCACUUAAGGAAGUUUGAAUAUGCAAAAGCUUUAGAUAGUGUUCUGUUACCAUAUGUAGCAAACAAAAAUCCCCAAGUAACAGUAUCUGUUAUGCAAGAGCUCAUACGCAGAAGAGCUCUUCACAAGGCAUUUAAAGGAAGAGAAAAGAAGAGCCUCAUGCAAAUCUUGCGCUUUUUUAUACGAAAUAUCAGUGACUAUAGAUUUACCAGAGUAUUAGUAGAUGCAGCCAAUAUCUUCAUAGAUACUUAUGAAGAUGACAUUUUGACACUUCCUCAUGAGGUUGGCAAAUUAUUUAUUGAUCUAGGGCAAGUAUUGAAACAAGAAUGUGAGUUGAUUGAUGAGUUAGCUGCCUUGCAAGGAAUGAUGGAGAUGCUAUUAUCUAGUCAAGUUGCUGCAGAAGAGCAUAAUAGAGAGCAUAAAAAGCAUAAUCUAAUACCGAGUGAGGAUGCCCGUAAAAAUUUUGUUUUGACUGUUUAAAGUGUUUUUAUCAAAAUAAAUUUUAAUGUUUAC